GCCCCUAUCCGCGACAUUUUGCAAUCGGCCCUUCGAAACCUCGCAAUUUUUUCGGCGUAAUGCGAAUGUCUUAAGACAUUUUUCCGUUUAGUCUCGUGUUUUCCGCCCCUCCUUCCCCUUUUUACUUUUCCCGUAGAGGUACGGUCCUCAAUUGCUAGCCGACGUUCUCCUUCCGUUCUUAGUCACCUGUGUAUACAUAUUUUCGUGCUGCCUUCAGUUUCUCUAAGUUUCAUCAAAUUUUGCUUUUAUCUGUCAAAUUUGUGCGGUGCAACUCUAACGAUUGAAUGUUACCGUUCAUCUUAAACUUUUUCUAAGCGGUGUAAACUUGUUCUAAACCUUUUCACCCUGCUCUACCUAAACCUUCAAUUUGCUACCAGUUGAGUUGAAGUUAUCCAACUACGAACUCAGAAGAUUUUAACAACCGAAGCACCUCUAAGUGCUGUUUUGUAAUCAAGUUCUUCCAGUUUAAAAUUUCAUCUCUAUUUUAAAUCAUUCUGUUGUUUCACGUUCAAAUAGUACCUCUCGGUGUAUAAAAGAAAGUUUUAUCUCGCAUAUUUUUAUACGUCCUCUUUUGUAUCAUUCAUUCUUCAUACACCCUUGCUACAAACGGAAGGUCCAAUUUUCUGCUGUUAGCGAUUUUACACUUUGUAUCAUAGCAUAGAGAACCAAAAUUUAAUUUAUUCUCAGUGUCAUUCUCUUGGAUCGAACUUAACUGUGAACAUUUAAAAAUUAAAGUCCGAUAGAAAAGCGCAAAGCUUACAAUUGACGGUCAAAUAGUUUCCUCCGGACAAGAAGUCACUGUCAAUAUGACACAGAUGAUCUAACAGAAAAGUGAUUGCCGAAGAUUUAGACAUUACUUAUCAGGAAUCCUUUAAGGAAUCAGCCACGACGACUUUAACUGUGGAGAUUCCUGGGAAGUCAGGGCCCAUUCUGGGUCAGAUAUGGUGCACAGUGAGAUUGGGCCCACCAUUAGGGCCAUGUUCCCUGUCACAUCUCCUCUCGGCAUACCCAAAAGUCCGAGCUUCCAUAGUGGACUAGACCUCAUUGCAGCUGCUAACGCUGACUCCCUGUAUAACUUCGCCGACUCGAAAACCAUUAUAAAUUCAGACAACAUGCAAAAAAACGCAUCUUGUGAAGAUAAUUCAAUGUACACAUCAAUGCCGGUGCAGCUCCCACCUUUGACGGAUGCUCAAACUCCCCAGGAACGAGAAGAGUUGUUCAUACAAAAAAUCCGGCAGUGCUGUGUCUUGUUUGACUUUGUGUCCGAUCCUCUGAGCGACUUGAAAUGGAAGGAAGUGAAGAGAGCAGCGCUCCACGAAAUGGUGGACUAUGUCAGCAUAGAACGAGGUGUAAUAACAGAAGCCAUCUAUGCAGAAGCUGUUCACAUGUUUGCGGUGAACCUUUUCCGAACAUUACCUCCAUCUAGUAAUCCUAAUGGAGCUGAAUUUGACCCUGAAGAAGAUGAGCCUAACUUAGAAGCAGCUUGGCCUCAUCUACAGCUUGUCUAUGAGUUCUUUUUAAGAUUCCUAGAAUCGUCUGAUUUUCAACCAAAUAUAGCCAAAAGGUACAUCGAUCAGAAAUUUGUCUUGCAGCUACUGGAGUUAUUUGACUCGGAAGACCCCAGAGAAAGAGAUUUCUUGAAAACAACCCUGCACAGAAUUUAUGGUAAAUUCCUCGGGCUACGUGCAUAUAUCCGCAAACAAAUUAAUAAUGUUUUUUAUAGUUUUAUUUAUGAAACCGAGCAUCAUAAUGGAAUAGCAGAACUGUUAGAAAUUCUUGGAAGUAUAAUUAAUGGUUUUGCUCUGCCAUUGAAAGACGAGCACAAAGUUUUUCUAGUGAAAGUGCUGUUGCCAUUGCACAAAGUGAAAUCACUGUCAGUUUAUCACCCUCAGUUGGCGUACUGUGUUGUUCAAUUCUUGGAGAAGGACCCCUCUUUGACUGAACCAGUUGUUAAGUGCCUAUUAAAAUUUUGGCCUAAAACCCACUCCCCAAAAGAGGUUAUGUUUUUAAAUGAACUUGAAGAAAUACUGGAUGUCAUCGAACCGGGAGAAUUUCAAAAGGUCAUGAUUCCAUUAUUCACUCAAAUAGCGAAGUGUGUGUCUAGUCCCCAUUUUCAGGUGGCUGAACGAGCAUUGUACUAUUGGAACAACGAGUAUAUCAUGUCCCUGAUAGGUGAUAAUGCUGCGGUCAUACUGCCUAUUAUGUUUCCUUCUUUGUAUCGUAAUUCCAAGUCACAUUGGAAUAAGACAAUUCAUGGACUGAUUUAUAAUGCGCUCAAGUUAUUUAUGGAAAUGAACCAGAAGCUGUUCGAUGAAUGCUCUCAACAGUACAAGCUUGAAAGACAGAAAGAGAAAGAAAAACAAAAGGAGAGAGAACAAGCAUGGAAUAGAGUGGAAAGUCUGGCCAAGAAAAAUGAUCCAAAUUAUCGACCACUUUCUAAUACUUCUGCUCCAACUUCUCCACCCGGUGAAAACGAGGAUAUGGACAUCUCGUACGAAAAAAUUGAAGCUGAAGUGAAAGACGGGCGAAAGCCUGCUAACUCUGAUAAAAUGCGAAUAUUCCUUCGAAAAAAGUCUGAACUGCCCCUGGAUACUUAUACUGUCCGUGCUUUGAAUGACCACAAACGAGCGGAUGAAUAUUUAACUACACCUCCAGAUGUUAAUAAAUGCUAGCCUUAAUCAAUUAUUUGGGACUUGAUACAACUGUUUGUCUCAUCUUAGUGUCAAUGUCCAGCUUCUCAAACAGGGGAGAAAAAAAAUCAUUGUUAUAUCUAUUUAUGAGUAAAAUAAACUGUUACAUAAAAUUAAAUUUAUGAAAGGAAAGUAUAUAUAUUUAAAUAUAUAUGCAUAUAUAAAUAUAUAUGUGUGUGUAUCAAAAUGUUGUUAGUUUCUUUAGUAUAAGACUAUUGUGAUCGGUAUGCUCAACAUGAGCUUAUUAUAGUAAAUUAUUUUAGUUACUGGUUAUUUGUGGAAAUAAUUUUGUAAUACCUCAAAUGUUGGUGUAAAUAUGACAUUUGAAUAGCUAGGGCUAACGGCUGAUAUUUUUAAUCAUCACCAAAGUUAAAUUUAAUUUUUCUAUGAUGCAAAAUAUAGCCUAUUAAACAAUAAUAUUGAGGUAUGCCCACCUCGUCACUGCGUCUAGCUACUUCUGAAUGUUAACUAAUUCCAAAGAAAUUUGAUGCAUUUUAAGAUGGUAAUUCCAAACAGCACUUCCACAAAAAAGAAAUGGUUUCUCCCCAAAUCUCAAGAAACCCCCAGUUGCGAAGGAUGAAUUUUACAGUUGUAGACAGUAUGCAGUCAUUGCUCUGUGACUUACAGGCUAAAAACAUUGGAAAGUCCAAUUUCGUCAGCUGCCAAGUUUAUUUUAUUAUAAUUUGCUGGCUCUUGUCAUUUUAAGAGAGCGCUUAGCCCCCAAUUUAUUCUCUCAUUACAAAUUGACAUUGUGACAAAUUUUUAAUUAGUCAAGCUCUCCUGCAGCGCAGUUUUAUUUUACCGUAUUACGAUCCUGGUGGAUUUAAAUUUCGGAGGCAAUUUCAUUUUUGUGCUGUAGUUUUAAUCCUUGAAUCAUAUUUUUAAGUGAACACUGUACAAACAUUAUUCCUCUCUUCUCUUUUAUCAACUGAUUUUUAAUAAAUUACCCAUCAAUUAUUCUAUUCGCCGACCGAUCCUUUUUUUAAACCUUUGUUAUUUCUAUUUUUUAUUUUUUUUAAUUCUUAAUAUUAAGUUAUGGUGGCUGUAUGAGACUGUACUGUUCUUUCUUACAGCACCUGUGUUGCAAAUCUGUAUUUUUCUAUUAUUUUGUUGUUUUCUUCACUUUCUGCGUAGCUUAAAUCAAAAAAAUAAUAAUCGUUAUAAUCGGUUACUAUAAUGUAAAAAAGGAGCAUUAAUUAGUAGCACUUAGCCAACCUCCAUUUGAUCAGAGACCUAAAAUUUUCAUUUUUUCAUUCUGCUUUCGAUCCUACCUAUCCUUUCUCAGAUUGGAUUAGGUGUCCAGUAAUGAAAAAAAAUGAUUUGACAACAUCGUUGAUUUAUUUUUACCUCUUUUUUUCAUUUUCUUUUAAGGUUCUUGAAUUAAAUCUACAAGCCCCAUGAUCGGGAAGCACUAAGCAUCAGUUAUUUUAAUUCCUUAGAGAGCUAUUUUUAUUAAACUUAUGCAGAGGUGUAAACUAUUUUAAGUCAUCUGUUUUAUACUUCCUUUGUGCCAGUUUCGGAACUUUUGAGGUAAAUAUUGUAGUCAUAAUUUCAUAAAGAAAUGAAAUAAACUGAAGAGGAUGAUAGAAUACUCUGUCUCUAAUUUAAUUUGCUUUAAUUUAUUGGCUAAUUUGUGAAUGGAUUUAUUCAUACGUUCAGUUGCACUCUUUCUUAGACUGACAUUCAUGCUUACUGUCAUAAAUUUUUUUAUCAGCAGUCUCCCCUUGGUAGUAUCCUUGUAAGCUGUAACCGAAAGAGACUGUUUAAUUAUUAUGUAACAAUAUUAGAAGUCAUUUACAUGAGCCCCUUGCUUUUUUCUUCUUUUUUAUAAUCAUUUGGAUGGCAAGGAAUUGCUGUUCAAAUGAAGGUCAACUUGGAUCCUCAUAUCGGUGAGGUUGUUAUUGUAAAUUGGUGGGUUUAUUAUUAUACUUAUAACUCACCAGCAUGUGUAAAGUUGUGAGUAUGAAGUCUAACCUACGGAUGUUUAUUUUUUAAAAGAGAAUUGUAUUGGGUAUACAUUAAUUUAUUACGCCUUUAUUGCAAAAGAGGAAUGUACUUUAUCAUCAUAACUUUUAUUUGUUUGUUUUCUCUUUUUCUCUACAUGUAUGAUACUACAAAAUGAGUAAUUACAGAUAUUAUUUAGAUUUUUAAAGACAAAGUUAACUUGUUUUCAGAUAAAUACAAAGUUUUAUUUUCAAAAGAGGAAAUACUAUAUUGUAUUAACCGUC